AUGAGCUAUCUGAUUAUUAUUACAACAUUGAUUAUAUGUUCUUUUUCACUAAAAGUAAUUCCAAAAUUAGAAUAUUUAAAAGGAAAUGAGAACAAACUUUGGGAAGAAUGGAAAAUAAAAUAUGGAAAAACAUAUAAUAGUAUUAAUGAAAUUCAUAGAAAAAUAAUUUUUAUGAAAAAUUUAAUAGAAAUUAAAACGUUAAACCAAAAAAGAGAAAAAGAUAUUGAUGCUUAUUUUGAUUUAAAUCAAUGGAGUGAUUUAUCUAAUCAAGAAUUUGAGGAUUUAAUGUUAAUGAAAAAACCUAAAAGAAAUAAUGUGAAAGAAUUACAUAAUAAAAUUAAUAUUACUAUUCCUUAUCCAAAAGGUCCUGUUCCUAUUAAUUAUUCUGCUUGUAAUCAAAAAAUGCUUUUCGGAAAGUUAAAUCCUGGAGAAAUUGAUUUUUGUAAUGGAACUGAGUUUGACCAACAGUCUUGUGGUUCAUGUUAUUGUGUAAGUAAUGCUCUUGCUCUUCAAUUAAAAUGGGCUAAUCUCACUUAUUUAAGAGAUGGAAAACCUCAAUACACAAUGUUUAGUCCUCAACAAUUUCUUGACUGUGAAGUUGGAGGAUAUCAUUGUGCUGGAGGAUAUACUGAUGGUCCAUUAGAUUUUUCACAUUAUGUUUCUACAAUAGACGAUUACCCUUAUUACUCAGGCAGAGAACCAUCAAAAAGAAAAACUUGUGUUAAAGGAAAAAGAACACCAAUUAAAUUCAGUUAUACUAUUUUUGAUUCUGCAGAAGAUAUCAAUAUUAUUAAACCAAUUGUUCAUCACUAUGGUGGAUUUGUUUCAUGUGUUUAUCCUAAAUAUUGGACUGCAUAUCGUGGAGGUAUAUUAAGGGGUCUUAAUUGUGAAAAAGGAGUUAUCACAACUCACGUUGUUGGAGUUGUUGGAUAUGGUAUUGAAGAUGGUAUUGAGUAUGUUGUUGUCAGAAAUUCUUGGGGUAAAAAUUGGGGUCUUGGAGGCUAUAUUAAACUUGGAGCAGAUUCUUUAUGUGGUAUUGGUGGGAAUGAUGGAGGAGAUGUUCCUGUUUCAGUUGUUCUUCAUACAGACUUCUCUGAUGUAGAGUAUGGACCAUACGGUGAGUUUAGAAAUAAUACUGAUGUCCCUCAACGUCUAUACAAUGAGUCUGCAGACACAAAUGAAUCUUCAACUAAUAUCGAGAGUAAUGAUGAGGCAUCAAGUGAAAGUCAAAGUUUAAAUAACCAUCAAUCAGAAGAGAGUUUAGUAGUAGAAGAGUCUUCAUCUGUGGAACCAAACAUACGACCUAAAAAUGAGAACCGUUUAAGGUCUAUUAUGAUCUAUAUUUUAUAUUUACUUGUUGGAAUUAGUGUUAUUACUAUGGUAGUUGCUGUUAUAAUUCUUAUCACUCAAUAA